UUUCCCGAAAAAGUUUCAGGCAACCACAGUUGUUGAUCAUGAAGGUUAUCCUGUGUACAGAAGAAGGGAUAAUGGUAGGCAAAUUAUUAAAAAUGGAAUCAGCUUGGAUAACAGAUAUGUUGUGCCACACAAUCCAUAUUUAUUGAUGAAAUAUCAAGCUCAUAUAAAUAUGGAAUGGUGUAAUCAAUCAAGUUCAAUCAAAUACUUAUUCAAAUAUAUUAACAAAGGAUAUGAUAGAAUCACUGCUGCAGUCGUUUCCGAUGGCUCAAGUCAAUCCAAUGUAAAUGACAAUGCAGAUGAGAUUAAACAAUAUCUUGAUUGUCGCUAUGUUUCACCUAGCGAAGCUUGCUGGAGGAUAUUUGCCUUUCCAAUCCAUGGAAGAAAGCCAGCUGUUGAAAGAUUGUUCUAUCAUUUGUCUGGAGAGCAAUCAGUUUAUUUCAAUGAUUAUGAGCAAGUGGAUGAUGUCCUACUAAAGCCUUCUGUUACUGAAUCGAUGUUUACAUCGUGGCUUCAAUGCAACGCUAAAUAUCCUGAAGCACGAUCUCUUACUUACUCAAAAUUUGUGUCCAAGUUUGUUUAUGUUAAAUCUACAAGAACCUGGAAACCAAGGAAAAAAGGAUACACAAUUGGAAGGUUAAUGUGGGUGCCGCCGAGUACAGGUGAAGUCUUCUAUUUGAGGAUGAUGUUAGCAGUUGUCAAGGGACCAACUUCCUAUGAAGAUAUUAAAACUGUCAAUAACAUUUACUACGAUACUUUUAGGGAAGCAUGUUAUGCAAUGGGCUUCUUGGGGGAUGAUAAAGAAUAUAUAGAAGCAAUAAAGGAAAUGAGUGUUUGGGCAACCGGUGUUUUCAUAAGAAUACUAUUUGUAACUCUGCUACUUACCGCGACUAUGGACAGGCCGGUUCAUGUUUGGAAUAACACGUGGAAGUGGUUAAGCGAUGGUGUUCUAUACGAACAAAGACGAGUGGCUAAUAACAGAGAUUUGGAGCUAACCGAUGAUCAAAUUAAGAACUUAACUCUAACAUUAAUUGAAAAGCACAUGGAGAAGAAUAGAAGAUCUUUAAAGGAAUUUAAAGGAUUUCCAUACCCAACAGAUUAUGUCAUGGAAGAGCUUGGUAACAGAUUGAUUUAUGAUGAGCUUAACUAUGAUGAAGAUGCAUUGAAGUUGGAAUUCAAAAGACUAUUCAGUACUGUAACAGAUGAACAAAGAGACAUUUAUCAUAAAAUAAUGUCUGCUGUUAAUGGACAAAAUGGUGGUGUGUUUUUCUUACACGGUUACGGAGGAACAGGCAAAACAUUUAUGUGGACAACUUUAGCUGCUUCAUUGAGGAGUCAGGGUAAAAUUGUUCUAACUGUUGCAACAAGUGGUAUUGCUUCUCUUUUGUUACCUGGAGGGCGAACUGCUCACUCAAAAUUCAAAAUACCUGUGCCUUCAUUUGAAAACUCAACAUGUAACAUUGAUGGUGAUAGCGAUCUUGCAAAACUGUUAAAAGUUACAAACUUGAUCAUAUGGGAUGAGGCACCAAUGGCUCAUAAGUUCUGUUUUGAAGCUUUGGAUAGAACUCUAAAAGACAUUAUGUCCGACACUGCGGACGGUGACAAAAUAUUUGGUGGCAAGGUCAUUGUGUUUGGAGGAGACUUUAGGCAAAUUUUACCAGUUGUGCCAAGAGCUGACAGGUCAGACAUUAUAAAUUCAUCAAUAAAUUCUUCAUACAUUUGGGAUGAAUGUAUUGUUCUAACACUGACUAAAAAUAUGCGCCUACGAUUUAAUGUUGGAUCAUCUGAUGCCGAUGAGUUAAAGACUUUCUCCGAAUGGAUACUAAAGGUUGGUGAGGGAAAGAUAUCUGAGCCAAAUGAUGGCAUCGUAGAUUUUGAAAUACCUGAUGACCUGUUAAUUAAGGAGUUUGAUGAUCCAAUUGAGGCUAUUAUGAAAAGUACUUAUCCAAACUUUUUGAAUAUGUACAACAAUCCUGAUUAUCUACAGCAAAGAGCUAUUCUUGCAUCAACCAUAGAUGUGGUUGAUAAAAUAAAUGACUAUGUUCUUUCAAUUAUUCCAGGAGAGGAGAAAGAAUACUUCAGCUCUGAUUCCAUAGACAGGUCAGAAGUUAACGAUCAAUGCCAGUCUUUUCAGUUAUUCACUCCAGAAUUCUUAAGUACAUUAAGAACUUCAGGACUUCCAAACCAUAAAAUUAAACUAAAAGUUGGAACUCCUAUAAUGCUAUUGAGAAAUUUAGAUCAAGUAGAGGGAUUAUGCAACGGUACUCGACUAAUUGUUACUAGGAUGGCUAAUCAUGUGAUUGAAGCUAAGAUCAUUUCAGGUAAAAAUGUUGGCAACCUAACAUAUAUACCAAGAAUGUCCAUGUCACCUUCUCAAUCUCCCUGGCCUUUUAAACUUAUCAGAAGACAGUUUCCUAUUAUUGUAUCCUAUGCAAUGACUAUAAAUAAGUCACAAGGCCAGACUCUUGACAGUGUUGGUCUAUAUUUGCCAAGAUCAGUGUUCAGUCAUGGUCAAUUGUACGUUGCAUUCUCCAGGGUCAGGACUAAAGCCGGUCUAAAAAUCUUGAUUCAUGAUCUAGAAAAAAAACCACUUUCCAACACCACAAAUGUGGUUUACAAAGAAGUUUUUGAUAACCUUUACUGAAUUGAUCAACCUCGGUACAUGCUUCAAUUCUUUUUGGCUACUGAUGAACAUGAGCAUAACUUGCAAUUUUCAAUUUUCAUGGGUACACUAUUUGCAGUAAAGAAUACCUAAUGAUGGGAACACACACCAAGUUCAGCUGCAGCUGCAGAAACGUGAAUCUGCACAUGACUUGGAAAUUGUUGCUUUUAUAUAGCUUUUUGGACUUACCAAUGAAUUUGUAUUGCUGCAAGUUAUGUUAACUUUAUAGCUUCCUCAGGAAUUGUCUUUGGUAGAUGUAGCUUUUACAUUUCAACAAACAAUGCUUUUCAAGUUACACUCAAUGAAAUGGCUAAUUAAGUUAAAUGCAUGCCACAA